GUACCUUUCAAACUUGACGUUGAAAACAUGAAAUUAUUUUAAAUUAUUUAUUUCUAUCGAUCGAACUAUGAAUGCGAUUAACGGCAAACGCAAACGAGAUGCGUCGGCGAAUUUUUCCGAAAGCGAUUCGGAAGAAGGGGAAAAUUUGGAAAACAAGAAACUAGCUCGACUUGUAGCUGAAGUAUCGAACUAUAAAGGAGAACCCGAACUUGAACAACCUACUACAUCAUCCCACACUGAAAACUCCUCUGAUUCAGAUACAGAAAACACCAACAAGUGCCCUGUAUGUCUCAAAGCCCUACACAACCAAGUCUUGGCUGUGCCAGACACGUGCAGCCACCACAUAUUCUGCCUGUCCUGCCUGGAAGAAUGGACCAAAAUCAAAACGACCUGCCCAGUGGACAGGAAAGAGUACUUCUCGAUACUGGUACUGAAUUCGGAAGGGGUCGUUUCGAACCAGAUCCCCAUUAAAGCGCCCCGCAAUCAGGGUUGGACGCUGUUCAAUCCGUUCACCGUGACGAACCAACCGUCGUACUGCGAGGUGUGCGGGUCGUACCACGACGAAGAGAGGAUGCUGUUGUGCGGAGGGUGCGAGAUGAGCUUUCACGUGUACUGUUUGAAUCCCCCGUUGGAUCAUAUGCCUGUCGGGAUGUGGUUGUGCAGUGCUUGUUGGAACUACUAUAACUACUGAUAUUUGAUUAUCUUUAUAUGUAAUUAUUGUAUGUAUUACAUAUCUUUUACAUGAAUAAUACUGUC